AUGGCUGUCGAAAAAGUCAUCAACGAUUCUUCUGUCGUGGGCGUCGUGCACGAUGCGGAUGAGCGUGCUCCUCCUGGUGUGAAGGAGACGUUUACUGCGACAGGGGAGGAAUAUGAGCAGGACGACUUUAUGACGAGAACAGGCUUGAAUGCAAAGUCCUUUACGAGGAAGCACUACGGCUUGGGGAUUGUUGAGCUGGAUCGCAAGAUGAAGCCUAGACAUCUCCAGAUGGUGGCCAUUGGAGGCUCUAUCGGUGCUGGAUUCUUUGUGGGCUCUGGCUCUGCUUUGAGUAAAGGUGGACCUGCUACGCUGUUCAUUGACUUCUUUCUUGUUGGAGUCAUGGUUUUCAACGUUGUUUACGCCAUGGGUGAACUAGCUGUCAUGUACCCUAUUUCAGGCGGUUUCUACACCUAUGCAGCUCGUUUCAUUGAUCCUGCAUUCGGUUUCGCAAUGGCCUGGAACUAUACCCUUCAAUGGGCUGCGACUCUUCCCCUGGAACUAACAGUUUGCGCCAUCACAAUCCAAUACUGGGCCCCUGAUUCAUCACCCGGUAUAUGGAUCGCCAUCUUCCUCGUUGCUAUUAUCAUCCUCAACAUGUUUGGCACAAUCGGCUACGCAGAGGAGGAAUUCUGGGCAGCGUGCUUCAAGCUGACUUCCAUCUCGAUUUUCAUGAUCAUUGCGCUCGUCUUGGUCUGCGGUGGAGGACCGUCCAAUGGAAGCUACGAUACCUACCAGGGUUUCAAGCUCUGGAACGACCCGGGAGCGUUCAAGAACGGUUUCAAGGGAUUUUGCUCAGUCUUUGUCACUGCUGCCUUCUCUUUCGCUGGUUCCGAACUCGUUGGUUUGGCUGCUGCUGAAUCCCGCAACCCUACGGCUUCAGUUCCCCGAGCUAUCAAGCAGGUCUUUUGGCGAAUCUGUCUUUUCUACAUCGUUGCGUUGUUGUUCGUUGGACUUUUGAUCAGUUGCAAUGACCCAAGCCUCCUGAGCUCCAGCUCUUACUCCAACAGUGCGGCCUCGCCCUUCGUUCUCAUUGGAAAGUAUUCCGGACUCAAGGGUCUUGACCACUACAUGAACGUAGUGAUUCUGUCAUCUGUCUUGUCUCUCGGCAUCGCCUCUGUGUACGGAGGAUCUCGCACACUCCUCGCUCUAGCGCAGCAAGGUUUUGCGCCCAAGAUUUUCACCUGGGUCGAUAGAGCCGGCCGACCCCUCCCUUCAGUUGCCUUCAUCAUCGCUUUUGGAUGCCUUGCUUUCUUGAACCUUGAUGCGGCUGGCCCUGUUAUCUUCGACUGGCUUUUGGCUCUGUCAGGAUUGGCUAUGCUUGUCUGCUGGGGCUCUAUCUGCCUUGCGCAUAUUCGCUUCCGAGCUGCGUGGAAGUACAAUGGCCACACACUUGAUGAGAUCCCCUUCCAGGCCGUCUGUGGAGUUUGGGGAUCGUGGGUUGGUCUCAUUUUCGUCGUUGUGAUUCUCAUCGCCCAGUUCUACGUGGCCAUCGUUGCCCCUGUAGGCGAGUCCGGUAUGGGUACGGUUGAGGAUUUCUUCAUGCAAUACCUCGGACUUCCUAUUGUCCUUGCUUUCUGGGCUGGAGGAUAUCUUUGGAAGCGAACAACUUGGAUCAGCAUUGAGAAGAUCGAUAUCGAUACAGGACGACGUGAACAUGAUUGGGAGUCUAUCAAUGCCUGGCGUGCAGAGCUCGCUACCUUCCCUUGGUGGAAGCGACUGAGAUAUGCUCUGUUCUAG